AUGGAAGCAACAGAUUCAAGUCGUUCGGGUGAUGGUUCUAUGGGGAAGAGCCAGCAGCAUUUCCGGGGGGAUAAUUGCCAGGCAAACCAAGAUGGAUUCUCUUUUCAGAGGCCUGCGAGCUCUUCGCAGCUGCCGGACGGUGAGUAUUUGAAUGACCACUUAGGCUGGGUGGGUAGCUUCGGAGCAGCUGAGCUGCACUCCUCUGUUGCGCAUCUAUACGGCGCUAUGCAGCCUGGAAUGGACCCUUCCAUCGUCAAUUGGAUGUCUCCCGAGAACCAGCAAGUCAUGGAUUGGGAUAGGCAGUUGACAAGCUUUACAGUGCACAUCGGAGAGGCGACUUCCGGCCAUGGCGGAUUCCCCUUCUACUUCAACGAACCGAAUCCUGUGAACAUUACCGGUGACCAAUGGAAUUUGGCUUCCGCCCGGAGUCAAGAACAGAGCGAGCACCUUUUACAGCGUACUUCUCGUGAUGCAAGCGAGAAUAGCUUGAGCGGGCCAUCCGAGUCUUACAUUGCCACAGGUUCAAUGAUCUCCACGUCAACAGAUGGAAACUUAUAUGUCGAUGGUUCCGGCGCGAGAGCACCGUUUGGAGGUCGGUUAAAUAUCCAAUGCUCCCCACUCAGCGUCGAUGCCAACGGUGAGGACGUGACCGAACUUGCUCCGUCUCAUUCAGCUACAGCGGGAAUGGUAUCCAUGUCUGCUUAUCAGGGCUUGAGGGAUCAUCUGGAAGACGAGUCAUGCCUUCAUUCGCAAAGCCUUGAUCUGUCUCAAUUUCCACCUUAUGCUCAUAUACAAGGGUUUGUGCGAUAUUACUUCGAGAGGUUUCAUUUGGUCUUUCCAUUCCUCCGGAUGUCAUCGUUCUCCCAUGACUCAUCCCACCAUUGGGUACUUCUUUUAGCUGUCGCUGCGACUGGUUCGAGGUAUUUGCGCCGAAAUCAAGGAAUACAACCUGGGGAUAUGCUUCUGGGUUUGCUCCGAACGAUACUCUCCCGACGGUUGUUUGGACUCCAGGUGGACAACGAUGAAAGCAUCCCUUUCAUACCGGGUGCUCAUACUGUUGGAUCAACCAUUCCGGAUCUCCCGGUCUUACAGGCCGCGAUACUAAGUGUCAUGUGUACGAUACAUUCUGGGACAAAGUCGAUGGCGGAGCGCGCAUUCGUGGAAAGACACUACCUCGUGGAGGCAUGCAUUGCAUCAGGGCUUCUUUCAGCAACCGCUCCGGCUGAAGCUCUCUCAGAUGGCACAGUGAAUGAUGAUACAUUCCGGAGAUGGUUAUACAGAGAAUCGGAGAUAAGAACAGGGAUGAUGAUAUGGCUGUUAGACUCCAUUAUUGCGUACCAAUUUGGAGUGAAACCAUUGAUGCAUCUUGAGGAUGUUAAUGCACCAUUGCCCAGUCGGGAGGACAUUUGGGAGGCGCCCAGUAUAGCCAAAUCCAUGCCGACGAAGCUGAAUAUGAUGACACUUCCUGAAUCAGUCUUGAUGCUAUAUAUGGAAAAGAAGCUACCGCCAAAUCUCGGCGAGUUCAGUACUGCGCUAUUGAUCAACGCAAUUUACCGCAGAACCAAUGAUGCCAUUAGUCAAGAACGGAGUGCAUUGAAUUCUUGGGUCCCGACAGCCACGAGACAGCGCCGCACAGAUCCAGCGACGAUUAAUGAAAGUUGGCCUCCUAGUAGCCAACUGUCUUCAAAAUGGCGGAACAGUGCCUGUGACUCUCUUGAUGUGCUGCAUUGGUCCGCCAACAGCAAAACAAUGCGCCUCAAUGGAGUAGAGCAUCCAACGAUCUUGCACCUCCACCUGGCAAGGUUGAUCAUCUUGACCCCAACAGUACACAUCCAGGCGUUUGCAACCCACUCUUCAUCGCCUCAGACAGGUCAUGGGUCCGAAAACAAGAUCUACAUCACGGCAAGAAAUCAGGUGCUUCAAUGGGUCGGUCGAGAUCAGUUCAAGGCAAGGCUAUCCGUGAUACACUGCGGAGCCUUGUUUUGGCACGUCCGCCGACAUAGCCUCGAUAGCGUAAUGGAGCCUUUUGCCAUAUACAUCGCCACAUUGGUUCUCUGGGCAUUUUGCGUCUCAUUCCAGUUCGCCGGGCGGAACGCAUACGAGGGGCAUGUGAGCCAACAAGACUCCUCGGAGCAGCCGCUGUAUGAACUUCCGGAACCUCCAUUUAUCCUCCUGGACCGACCGCUUGACGAUGAACUGGUCCAAUUAUUUGUGCGGAUGGGCCACAGGAUGAACGGUUAUAUCACAAGAGUGGGGAACAUCCAGGAUCCGGAAGCGCCGAGGAAGCUUUUGCAAGAAGGUAUUCGACUUCUUAAUAGGGAUCAUGGAUCAGGAUUUCCGCUAGGAGAUGAUCGCCAGUCACACCGCAGUCGCACUGGAGAACCGCUGUGUCACACCUGGGGAAUUGAGGCAUCUUUCAUCGAGGUUCUCAGCCGUCUUGUACGGGCGACUGUGGAGUUGGUUAGCAAUCAAUCAUGA